CCACAAGAAAACCACAAAACCAAGAUGGCGGUGCAGGAGACAGCAUCUCAACUGUCCAUGGCUCUCAAAGUCCAAGAAUAUCCCACCCUGAAGGUGCCAUACGAGACUCUGAACAAACGCUUUAGAGCGGCUCAGAAGAACAUCGACAGGGAGACGAGUCACGUCACAAUGGUAGUUGCAGAGCUGGAGAAAACGCUGAGCAGCUUCCCCGUGGUUGACUCUGUGGUGUCCCUGCUGGAUGGAGUGGUGGAGAAACUCAGUGCCCUGAAGAGGAAGGCUGCAGAGUCCAUUCAAGCAGAAGACGAGAGUGCCAAGCUGUGUAAGCGUCGCAUCGAGCACUUAAAGGAGCACAGCAGCGACCAGCCAGCUUCAGUUAACCUGUGGAAGAAGAAACGGAUGGACCGCAUGAUGGUGGAGCAUCUGCUGCGCUGUGGCUACUACAACACAGCUGUGAAACUGGCCAGACAAAGCGGUAUAGAGGAUCUGGUGAACAUUGAGAUGUUCCUCACAGCUAAGGAGGUGGAGGAGUCUCUGGAGAGGCAGGAGACAGCCACUUGCCUGGCCUGGUGCCAUGAUAACAAGUCCCGCCUCCGCAAGAUGAAGAGUUGUCUUGAGUUCAGUCUGAGAAUCCAGGAGUUCAUUGAGCUCAUCAGACAAAACAAGCGCAUGGAUGCAGUGCGACAUGCUAGAAAGCACUUCAGCCAAGCAGAAGGUGGACAGUUGGAUGAGGUUCGGCAGGUGAUGGGCAUGCUGGCCUUUCCAUCAGAUACACACAUCUCUCCAUACAAGGAUCUGUUGGAUCCAGCCCGCUGGAAGAUGCUGAUCCAGCAGUUCCGAUAUGACAAUUACAGACUGCAUCAGCUGGGAAACAACUCUGUCUUCACCAUCACCCUGCAGGCUGGUCUGUCAGCCAUCAAGACACCUCAGUGCUACAAGGAGGAUGGCACCUCUAAAAACCCAGACUGCCCAGUGUGCAGUAAAUCUCUUAACAAGUUGGCUCAGCCUCUACCCAUGGCCCACUGCGCCAAUUCCAGACUAGUCUGUAAAAUCUCUGGAGAGGUCAUGAAUGAAAACAACCCUCCCAUGAUGCUGCCUAAUGGAUAUGUUUACGGCUACAAUUCUCUUCUGUCCAUUCGCCAAGAUGACAAAGUGGUGUGUCCCAGAACCAAAGAAGUCUUCAACUUCUCUCAGGCGGAGAAGGUGUACAUCAUGUGAUUGCUCAGAUGACGCUUCUGAGUAUCAACCACAUCAGAUACGGCCGGUCGCCCAUCACCUGUGACCCGGCCUGCUCAGAGCCACCUGUGGAGCUGUGAUCCAGUGCCCUUCUUCCUCCCACAGACAAAACCCACAACGGGUUUGUCCGUGGAGACUCCACCACCCCAACCCAUCCCAUCCAGUUCCUCUACAUGAUCAGCUCAAGUUAGCCCAUCCAGACCCCGUGCCCCCCCACCCCCUCCAUUUUAUAGACAAACUGGGCUCCUCUCCUUUAAGACUCUGUUUUAGAUGUGGCUAGAAGUUGUUUAAUCUGAUCCAUUCAAGCACAUGGACUAUCAGCAUUGUCAUUAUCUUACAGGCCUUCACACUGAAGAUUAGAGAGUAGAGAAAAAGACUGAAGGGUGGAAAAACUGCUAGAUAGAUGUUUGAUUUUACUACAACAAAUAAAAUCCUGUUGAGGUUACUUUUGACUUUUUUCCUUUUACAAAUGUUGUUUGUUACUGAAAUAAUGUGGCAGAAAUGUGUUAAGUCGCUGCUUUAACCAUUAACCAUUAACACAAGAUUUGAGCCUUUUUUGUGAACAGACAUGGCUUCCUAGUCACAUCUCCUCCUGUGGUGCAUGCUGUCUGCAUCGUUUGUCUUAUAGCCAUGUUUUUGUUGGUUGUUAGGGAAUAUUUUUAAAUGCUUCCUUUAAACUACCUAACUGGAUUAAUUACAUUUAUCUCCCUCACGAUUGAAACUGGAGGAUGUUUUGGGCUACAAAAGGCUUCAGUUUUAAUGUAAAUAUUAGGUAGGACUUGAUCUUCAUUUAUAAAUUCAGGAGUUUUAGAGAAAUGUCAUUUUAAAAAACAAAAUAUUUGCCAUCUGCACAGAUUGCUGUGUAAAUUUGAGUGUUUUCUCGGGUGUUUAAAACCUGAUGUAGCCUUCAAUAUCCUCAAGUUAAGCAGUUUUUGCCUAUAAUUUCUCAUAUCUGGAGAAGCUCGUAGUUUCACAGACAGUAAUAUAAAUUAAGCGGUACUUGCUCCCGUUAAGAAAUGUACAAACUUUUCAGACAAGAAAACCAUCUCUGAUGUUUUUAGCUUCCAAAUGAAAAAAACAGUCUUCCCAUUUUUGGUGUGACAGGUUUGGUGUUGACACUUUAUUUCAGUUUGUUUGAAAUUUUGCCUUUAAAAAAAGACAUUCUGGGUGAUUUUUAGUCAACUGGACGUUGCCUACAGUCUGAAUUUCAUAACUAUUUUCCCAGUGAAGCCUCGAUAAUAAAGAGAAGGACAAUGGCGAUGCGUUACCAGUCUUGUACUCUAUGUUGAAGCUGCUUGCAGCACCAUUAUUACAGGCUUUAAAAGACCAUUUCAUUUAAUAUUCAUUCACAUGCCUUUACUGAAGGUAAAGACUUUCUGUCUUUCCUUACAAAGACAGGAGGAGGAGAGGAGUCACAUUCAACCUUUAUGGCUUUCAAACGUACUAUAGAAGGACUGGGAUAUAAAAUAAUAUGGAGAAGGACCUAAAGGUCAAACUGAAAAUCAAGCCUAAACACCCAGAGUAAUCAAAAAAUGCAGGUUAACAUAAUCAAUUUUGUGGUCAGUCCUUUCUUCCAUCUGUUGUUUUAUCAGCAAACCAAAAGUCACCUCGUUUGUGUCCAUCUAUAGUUUGGAGCUGUAUCUGUGCAGACACAGACUGUCCUGUGUGUGUUUGUGUUGGUAGAGUAGAAAUGGGGAUUGUUUCAUGAGCAAUAUGCCUCAUAAAGGUUUCAGUAAACUUUGA